ACACAUACAUAGGCUGCAAACAGCUGUAAAGGCUGCUACAUGUGUUGUGCGUUCCAUGCUUCUUCUUGCUUCUUCUGGUAUCUAUUAAACAAAGCGUGGCGUGGUAAAUAAUACUUGAGAAUUUGAGCGACUAACUAGUAUGCAUACGCAUAACAACUUCAAGACUCCCUCAGAUGCUGAUGAGCUUGAUGAUUUGGACGACGAUAUGGUUAUUGGUGUCAUAGAAGAGAUCGCUCAGGAGGCUCUUGUGGGGGAGGACGAGUCGGAUAGCGACAUCGACGAACAUGAUCUGGCGGAUAUGGGGGCGCCAGAACCCAAUCCGAAUGCAGAUGAAAACGAGAGCAUUAGCAGCGACAGCAGCUUUGAUCCCAAUGCGGAGGACUCCUCCGACUCGGAUGACUCCAUGCUAGAGGAGGACGAGGCGGAGGGAGCUAGUAGCGGGGAGGCGACAAGCGCUAAGCGGCGCAAGGAUGACAACGAUGGUCCAUGCGGAAGCGCAGGCGAUUCGGCAGCUUUUGAUCUAGACGAUCUGGAUGAUGAGACAGACGAAACAGUGCGUGCUAUUAUAGCUGCCAUAAAGAAGCCUCGCAGUGCCCCACCGGAAAUAAAGCUUGAAGACUUCAUCACGGAUGUUUGCUUUCACCCCGACCGAGAUAUCAUUGCGCUGGCUACCAUAAUAGGCGAUGUCCAUUUGUACGAGUACGGCAAUGAAGGGAACAAGCUGCUGCGCACUAUUGAGGUUCAUUCCAAGGCCUGUCGUGACGUGGAAUUCACUGAAGACGGCCGCUACUUGCUGACUGCCUCCAAGGAUAAGUGUGUGAUGGUCACAGAUCUCGAGACGGAGAAGCUAAAGAAGCUGUAUGAGACGGCCCACGACGAUGCCAUUAACAAACUGCAUGUCCUAGACGAGAACCUCUUUGCCACUGGUGACGAUGCGGGGACAGUAAAGCUCUGGGAUCUGCGCACCAAGAAUCCAAUAUUUGAGCUCAAGGAAGUGGAGGAUCAAAUAACACAGAUGAUAACCAACGACCAGAAAAAACUGCUGCUGGCUACCAGCGCCGACGGCUAUCUAACCACAUUCAACAUCGCUGCCCGAAAGCUCUAUGUUCAGUCAGAGCCGUACGAGGAGGAGCUCAACUGCAUGGGCAUCUAUCGGGGAAGCUCCAAGCUAGUGGUGGGCACCUCCAAGGGCAAACUGUAUUCCUACAAUUGGGGCUAUUUCGGCUACCACUGCGACAUGUACCCCGGCAUCAAGAGUCCCGUAAGCCUCAUGAUACCCAUUACCGAUCGCAUCGCUUGCGUGGCCGGAGAGGAUGGCAAUAUAAGAGCCUGUCAUAUCACACCUUACCGAAACCUUGGCGUUGUCGGCCAGCAUAAUAUGCCAAUUGAGUCGCUGGACAUCAACACCAACGGGGAGCUGCUGGCCUCAUCUUCGCACAACAACGAUGUACGCUUCUGGAAUGUGAAGUAUUUCGAAGACUUUGGCGACAUCAAGUACAAUGACAAGCACAAUGCCUAUAAGGAGAAGCGUCACAAUUUACCCUCUUCCAAGUGCACCAACGCGUCGGACUUUUUCUCCGAUCUAACCAAAGAAGAUGAGGACAAUGCGGACAAUAACGACGCAGCCGCUGGACCCAGUAAUUCGGCCUAACCUAAAGCCGCUUUCUUACUAGGAAAUAUCUCCCCCGUAUUUUACAAUAAGGUUUCGACCUAACGAAACACCGUUUUAAAACAAAACUACUUGUAGCCAUAGGUUUUAAAAAUUUUGCACAAAAUCAUACAAUAUAAACAAUGUUGAGAUGUUUCAAUUUCGCCAUCAAUUGUUACCGGUUAUGAAUAAAUUCACGAAAUAGAAUCCAAUCCGAA